GUUCAUGUCACACAGCGACUACAAUCAACAGACCUGCCAAUGUGUACAAUCCCAGUCUUGAGGCUGCGCCUGUUUUGCAUUGCUGCGCCGUUGGAAGAACAAAGCACUUCGCAUCACUCUACACAACCGUCUGACGUGUCCUGUUGAGCGCCAGAAGUCAAAGAGUAAUGAGCAUGAAAAUCGUGUCAAACGGUUAGGCUGCAUGACCAAAGGCUACAGAUCGCCGGUUUUCCGUCAGACUCUAGACACCACCUCCAGCACUCUCCCCUGCCACUUCAAUGGCUGCUGACGACAGCGAAUCACAAUCUGGUCACAUCCGGCGGCGAAGCAUCUCAAACCGUGAACAUUUAGAUGGUCAUGAGCCAGAUGUCUCGACACCAGCAUCCGCAUGGCAUGAUCACGGAUUUGGUGACCUAGGCAGAACACGAGAAACAUCAGAGACGACGUCGACGACUUCGGGCACAGAUGUCGUAGCCCGUAACCCAAGCACAAGCUCUCACGAACAUGCUUCCAGGACUGUACGCUUCUCAGAAGAUGUUCAAAGAGAUGUCGAACUUCAACGGUCCCUCUCGGACUCAGCACCUCCGAAGGGCGGCGCACAAACUUCUACAAAACAAGUACGGCGGCCAAUUUCUGUAAACGUCAAUGUAGACGAUGCGCAAGCGACGAAUGCUUCACGGAUGCGCUCGCCACCCGUAACUCCACUUUCUCCCGGAGGCCGAAAUAGAGGCUACUCGUUGCGAAGAGUCAUCUUCCACCGUAACAUGCUGGACGGAGCUGCGGAUGAAUCGCUGAUUGAACUGCAAGAGGCAGGUAGUUCGAAUAGCGGUGUGCUAACAAGUCCUAGAACGGUCAGGCCGUCUGCAGAUGGGAAGAAAUCUACGGACACUACAAUCGUCAUAUCGCCCGUCGAACCUCCGUCUACAGAAACUUUGAAGCGGGACAGAAAGGAUGGUUUAGGACUAGCCGGACUGCCACACUAUGAGAACUGGUUGAGGCAGCAGAAAGACAACAGCCUUCUGCGAAAGCUCAGUCCGAAGCUCCAGAGAUUUCGCAAGAUGAUAUUGCGCAUUCAAGAGAUUCCACCAAGCAAAGACGGUAGACACGUUCCCUUAGAUGCGUCGCGGACAAAACCAUUGAUCGACGAGCGAACCAACAAAGAAUACACUAGCAACUGGAUCCGGUCGACAAGAUAUUCUGCAUGGGACUUCGUGCCUAGACAACUGUUUGCCCAAUUCAGGAAACUCGCAAAUUUCUACUUCUUAGGUGUCUCAAUACUUCAGAUGAUUCCAGGGCUGAGUACAACUGGAACAUACACAACGAUUGCGCCUCUCAUGUUCUUUGUCACAAUUUCAAUAGCAAAAGAGGGCAUAGAUGAUCUGAGGCGACACAAAAUGGACAAAGCUGAGAACAAUAGAGAGGCACUCGUCCUCCAUGCAUAUCAGCCAAUAGAGGAUGUUCUCGAAAGGCAGGCUUCAGAUGAAUCGAAUCUCCGGCUACAAGUAAACGGACCAUUGCAUUGGGCCAAAGUCAAGUGGCAUGACCUGAAAGUCGGCGAUAUUGUAAAAUUGAAGCGAGACGAUCCAGUACCUGCCGACAUGAUCCUCCUUCGAUCUGCGAGCGAGAACAACAUUGCUUAUGUAGAAACCAUGGCACUAGACGGAGAGACGAACUUAAAAAGCAAGCAAACUCCCGCUCCAAUUGCGCCAUCCUGCAGCACCGACGAACAACUCGCCGCGUGUCGCGCCGUGUUUGUGGCAGAGGACCCAAACGUGGACCUUUACAAGUUCGAAGGACGGGUAACUAUCGACGGCGUCACAUCACCACUUACUAACAACGAGAUCAUAUAUCGAAAUAGUAUUCUGCGAAAUACUCCAGAAGCCAUCGGUAUGAUCAUAUACAGCGGUGAGGAGUGUAAGAUCCGCAUGAAUGCAAACAAAAACCCACGGAUCAAAGCACCACGCUUGCAAAAUUUGGUCAACAAGAUUGUCAUCAUCAUGGUCAUCUUUGUGGUUUCACUCUCGUUGUUUAACACAAUCGCGUAUCAGAUCUGGAAGCACAACGAACGAAAUGCUUUUUAUCUAAUCGAUGCCAAUGUUCCGUUCUACCAGGUUUUGAUCUCAUUCAUCAUCAUGUUUAACACAUUGAUCCCGCUGUCGCUUUACGUGAGCAUGGAGAUCAUCAAAAUAAUCCAGAUGCUGCUCAUGAACUCCGACAUCGACAUGUAUGAUGAAAAAACGGACACACCAUUCAGGGCUCAAACGUCGACAAUCAACGAGGAACUUGGGCAGAUCAGCUAUGUUUUCUCUGACAAGACGGGCACACUGACCGAUAACGAGAUGAAGUUCCGGAAGAUAAGUGUAGCCGGUACGGCGUGGUUACAUGACUACGAUCUAAAAGAUGAAGGCAAAGUCCUAUUGAAGCAUAAGAAGAGAAAUAAAGGCAAAAAGCCAAAACGAAAGUCGUUAGCCCACGAACGAAGAGCGUCAACCUUGGAGCACGGGUUUUCUGUAGCUACUGAGGAUGAGCCAUGCCAUGAGGACGAUGACACUGGACCAAAAUGGAAAUCCUCCGCACGGCCUAGCAGGCAACAAAAUGUACAGCUUCGGACUAGAGAUAUGGUGCAGUACAUUCAGCGCAAGCCGCACACUAGCUUUGCCAGGAAGGCAAAGAUCUUUCUGCUCUCCAUUGCUUUAUGCCAUACGUGUCUGCCCGAGGUCCAGGAAGACGGUACAACAGAUUUUCAGGCUGCUUCUCCAGAUGAGCUUGCCCUUGUUAGAGCUGCGCAGGAGCUAGGCUAUUUAGUUGUUGAUCGCAACUUGGGUAAGAUCAAGAUUCGGCAUCAACCCAGCACAGAACCAGAAGAACAAGUUGAGGAAAUCUUCGAAGUUCUAGACGUUAUCGAGUUUUCUAGCAAGCGGAAGAGAAUGUCUGUUGUUGUUCGCUUUCCCAACAAGAAGCUCUGUGUUAUCACAAAAGGCGCAGAUUCAGUAAUCAUGCAGCGUCUGAAGCUGGCAGGCUUGGCAAUCAAGAAGGUUGCGGAGAUCGAGGCAAAAGAGAACAAGCGCAAGAGUAUGGAAGCUUCUCUAGUUAUGGCAAGAAAGAACAGUGUCCAUGUCGAGCGAAGUGGUAGCUUUAGCAGAUCCAGCAUGUCUCUUGGGCGACCGAGCUUAUCAGGACGAAACGUGGGACAGAGAUUGCAGCCUGUACGAGACGAGCUUGAUCACUGGCUUCGGGAGAGAGAAAACGAUGUUGAUAUGUCUAACCUUGUUGAUGACAACAGCGAUGCCUAUACACCCCGACCAUCCGCCAAUCUGAGCCGAAUGUCGAUGGCUGUCUCAGAGCCUCGCAGCUCCAUACAAUGGGAUGAGGAGGAGGAGCUUGUGGAAGAGACCAUGGUUAACGAUGAGCCUGCGGUCGUUGAGAGAUGCUUCCAGCAUAUCAAUGACUUUGCGACGGAAGGUCUUCGUACGCUUUUAUAUGGCUAUCGAUUUCUCUCUGAAGACGAAUAUGCUGGUUGGAAGAAGAUCUAUCUCGACGCGUCCACCAGCCUUGAGGAUCGUGAACGCAAGAUUGAACAAGCCAGUGAAUUGAUUGAGAUCGAUCUUGAUCUUGCCGGUGCGACCGCUAUUGAAGACAAACUUCAAGUUGGAGUACCUGAGGCAAUUGAUAAGCUUCGAAGAGCAAAUAUCAAGUUGUGGAUGCUCACAGGUGACAAGCGAGAAACUGCGAUCAACAUUGGCCAUUCUUGUCGCCUCAUCAAAGACUACAGCACCUUGACCAUUAUCGAUCAUGAGUUGGGAGAAAUUGACAGAACCAUUGGUUCUGCACUUAUCACACUCAAUACAGGCACAAUCGCCCAUGCCGUGGUCGUGGUUGACGGCCAGACGCUAGCAAUAAUUGAGGAGUCUAAAGCUCUAGAGAAGCUGUUCUUCGAUCUUGCUAUCCUGGCAGAUUCUGUCAUAUGUUGCCGUGCUAGUCCGAGUCAAAAGGCGAAGCUUGUGAAGGGAAUCCGCAAUCGUGUAGAGAAUUCUAUCACGCUGGCUAUAGGCGAUGGUGCCAACGACAUUGCAAUGAUUCAAACGGCACAUGUUGGCAUUGGCAUAACAGGAAAAGAAGGUCUCCAGGCUGCCAGAACUUCUGACUACGCAAUUGCACAAUUCCGCUUCCUAACUAAGCUUUUGCUGGUCCAUGGACGGUGGAAUUACAUCCGCACAUGCAAGUAUAUCGUCGGUACGUUUUGGAAGGAACUCCUAUUCUAUCUCACCCAAGCUCUUUAUCAGCGAUGGAAUGGCUAUACCGGCACAUCCUUAUAUGAGAGCUGGUCGCUUUCCAUGUUCAACACUCUAUUCACAUCUUUGCCCGUGAUUUGUAUGGGGGCGUUCGAGAAAGACUUGCAACCGAGUACGCUGAUCGCGGUUCCGGAGCUUUACACCAAGGGACAACGAGAUGGGGCCUUUAAUUUCCCGAUCUUUUUUGGUUGGAUGUUUAUGGCCAGCUCAGAAGCCAUGAUAGUGUAUUUCUGCAUGUUUGCACUGUAUGGAAAGGCGAUUUUCCUGCUUGAUGGAAGCUUGUUCCCGAUGGGACAACUCACAUUCUCUGCAUGUGUUAUCAUCAUCAGCUUGAAGAUGCAACUUGUUGAAAUGCAUAAUAAAUCUAUACUCGCUGCUGGCUCGCUUAUCCUCUCGAUUGGUGGUUGGUGGCUCUGGAAUAUUAUACUUGCAGCGAUCUACAACAGAAAGAACAAGAUCUACGACGUGCGCGACGCACUCUUCGACACAUUCGGACCGUCUGGUUUGUGGUGGUUAACACUCGUUGUCAUUAUCUCAGCGGUGGUUGUUUACGAAUUUGGCGUUUCUAGCCUACGAGCAGCUUGGUUUCCUACUGAUGCAGAUACCUUUCAGACGCUUGAGCAGGAUCUGGACAUCAGAAAAAGAUUUGAAGAGGCUUCUGCCUUGGAGCUGCAGCAUGGCUGGCAGCAGCGAGGAUUGAAGAAGAAAACAAGUCUUGAGCUUCAGCGUGAAGAGGAAGCAGCGCAGAGGCAGAUAGAAGAGCAAGAGAAACGCGAGGCUGAGGUCAGAGAAAUUCUAAGAAGCAGGCCAGAUGGGCCUGUAAGUGAGGUUGCAAAGCAACAAAGCGAAAGAUUGAGUAUGCAGAACGUCAUGGAUGAAGUUGGACGAACCAGCAUGGAUAUCAGUGAAAUACUGAGCAAGAGAUUUGGGACCGUGCGAAAGGAAUGAAAUCUCAAAUGACCGAACGACAGAACGAUUUUUUUUUCUGUUCAUGGCGGUACGCGCAAUCAGUUUAUAGGAUUAUCAUUAUACCACAGCAUGGAUGGUGUUUAUUGCACAGUUGCUCGACGCAUUGAUUCACAAUAGUUUGUUUCAGUUUCAAGGAUUUGACGGAGAAAGCGGGAGCUGAUGCAGAAAAUCUUCCAUCGAAUCAUACUCGACUCUUUCUACCCUUAUGAACUCACUCCUUUGCGGAUCGACGCAGAUAACCGGAAGCGCUCAUUGGAUAUAUUGGCCGAGAUACGUUUGUCUCGAGAAACGCGUGUUGGUGCCCUGCGUAGUUGAAUUGCCCCGAACGAAUGGACGACUGCUAUUUCACUGUCUCCAUGCACGUGCUGUACAAGAUCACAAGUAUGC